UUCGAUAAGUAUCUUUUAAAAAAACAUCUUGCGGUCACGCUUGCUUUGCCUUUUGUCAAAAACAAAAACAUUACUUAUUUUAUGCAAAAUUCUUGAUUUCCGAAUUAUUAUGCUUGUUCAUCGCGCGCUAUGUCAAAGCUGGCUAUCACAGGUGACUUACAGAUUUCAUGCAAAUAUUGCUAGCAGACACAUCCAGCCCAAUCAAAGAUUUUGGCAGCCGCCAGUUCGUCAUUUCCACGCACAGAGAACGAGGAGUAGUAACAUAAAACCUAAUGUUGGGGAACCGGCGACAGAUGGCAAUUCGGUGCCGGUAAACAAUGUUAUCAAAGCGGUGGCGUUCACAGGAGCAUUCAGUGUCGGCUGUUUUGCUGGAGCGACCAUAAUGGAGUACGAGAAUACACGUAGCAUGAUUAUAUCAAAGGCAAAGCAGGCACGUUUCGGGUGGUUUCAAAAUCGAUCGAUAGCGGAUCGCGAUAGCUGGUGGCAGUUGAAACAGGAUGUACGACGCUUUUGGGAUUCCCUAUCGCCUGGCGAUAAGACAUUUGCACCAAUCCUAGUAGCCAACUUAUUGGCGUUUGGUCUGUGGCGUGUUCCAGCUUUGCGCACCACAAUGUUAACAUAUUUCACAUCAAAUCCGGCAGCGCGUAUCGUUUGCUGGCCAAUGUUCCUGUCGACAUUCAGUCACUACUCAGUUAUGCAUAUAUUUGCCAAUAUGUAUGUUCUCCACAGCUUUUCAAAUGCAGCCGUUUUGUCCUUGGGCAAAGAGCAAUUCAUGGCCGUCUAUUUGAGUGCCGGCGUCUUCUCUAGCUUGAUGAGCGUUCUUUACAAGGCGGGCACAAAACAUCCGGGCAUGUCUUUGGGUGCGUCGGGAGCCAUCAUGACCGUCUUGGCCUAUGUUUGUGCACAGUAUCCUGAAACCCAGUUGAGCAUAUUGUUCCUGCCUACAGUUACAUUCUCUGCCGGCGCAGCUAUUAAAGUGAUCAUGGGCAUUGACUUUGCAGGCUGUGUUAUGGGCUGGAAGUUCUUUGAUCAUGCAGCGCACUUAGGUGGUGCCAUGUUCGGCAUUUUCUGGGCCCACUAUGGAUCCCAAUUGUGGGCGAAACGUAUUAGUCUGCUGAACUAUUACCACGAACUCCGCAGAACGAAACAAAAGUAAUACAAAUGACAAUAUGCAAUUGUACAAAAUUUUGUGAAAUACACACAUUGCACUAGCGAAUCUAAAAAAAAGA